AUGGCAGAGAAUGUGGCGCAGAAGAGACGGGCUGACGUGAUGGAAAACAAGGAGAAUGUUGAGAACAUGCAGAUCAGCUCCAAGGGCCGCCUUCCCGCCGUACUGGCUGAAUUCGAUAUCGAAGUUGAAACGCGAUGCGAGGCGCUGCGCGGCCAAGCCAGAGAGCUGGAGGCCUCGUUCCGAAACCAACUCAUCCUCGAAACGCUCAAGAUUCCUCGCGACAUUCGCACCAUGCCGAUGAAGACCUUCGCCGAGCAGUACGGCGGCGAUCUCACCGCCAUCGUCGAAGAAGCCCUGCGCAAGCGAUACGAACCCAUGGCCACUGCUGCCUCUACCCGAACGCAGCUCCCAUGA